CUUCGUUGCCAAGGUGUUUGUUUACUUUACUCAUUGUUAUUUUGUAACCUGAAGUGUAGAAACAACUUUUACCAAAAAUAUAAUAUACAAUCAAUACUUUUAUUGCGUAUUUGUAUUAUAAGUUUCAGUUUAUUAUUUGAAAAUGAAGAAAUCUAAAGACUUGGCACCUAUAGCCAUACCUCAUGGACCACCUGUGGAAUCCACGUCGGAAUAUUUUAAAUCGAAAAUGGAAAGCUCUCGUAUGGUAAAAAAGUAUCCAGUAUGGGAUGUGGCACGCCCAACGCCUCAAGUCCUGAUGGAACACGCCCGUCGCGACCUCAUGGAGGCCGAGGAGAAGCUGGCCAUCAAGAGGGAAGAAGAAAAACAGAAUCGCCAAAUCAUGGACGCCAAGUGGGAGGAGCUACGAGCCAAGGAGUUGUUGCUCAAGGAGUCUUUUAUUAGUUUUAAUAAGUUCAUCAGGGAGAAUCAGGAGAAGCGCGACCGGGCGGAACGCAAGAUGGCCGACGACAACGAAGUUUUGGCGCGAAAGACGCGGGAAACGGAAGCCAUGCGCAAGCGCGUCGCUGAAAUGGAAGAAGUCAAGCAGCUGAUGGAGAAGCAAGUUGAAGAUUAUAGUGUUUACGAGGACUAUCUGAUGGCAGUGGUCCAGAAAUAUCCGGAAUUUAAGCAGCCGUUGGACGUUUUGAAUCGAUACGAGGCUUUAGCGGCGGCCAAGGCCACCCUCGCUGACCGGCAGGAGCGCGACCUGGCUCUGCUGGAGCGAGCGAGGCAGGACAUCGCCGCGCUCGCCGAGGACAAGAAGCUGUUCAUCAUGGGGCUCAAUAACACGCUCGCUGUGUUGCGGUGGCGCUACGACAAGGUCCGCAGCCGCGUCAUCAAGUGGGAGCUGGCGCUGGCUCGGCUGAAGGACACGGCUGCGAGGCGGCACGAGGAACUGGCGCACGUGAGGGCCGCCAUCUGGAGUCUGUACCUCAAGAUAUGCCAGCACAAGGGGAUCCCUGUUGAUGUCGGUACGUCUGACUUCGAGCAACAGUUGGUGGUGAUCAUGCGCGCGCUGCUGGAGCUGCGACGCAUCUUCAACAUCGCGCAACGACGGGCUCAGCACAAGGAUGGUGUCGAGGAAACGAAGCCAACAACGUCAAAGCCAAUAGAACAGCCAAAGUGAUUAGCAAUAUAUUAUUACGUCAUAAUUAAUUAUAUUAAACGUUAAUCAGUUGUAAAAUUUACAAUAUCAAUAUACAGCAUUCAUAUACAGCAUUAAUAUACCA